AUGUCUGCACCACCUUCCGACUACCUGAUCAGACAGAGCACUUUCACCAGAACCACAUAUCAAGAUGAAUAUCCAACCAUCUAUCCUACGAAUCCCGAGAACAGCCAAACUGGAAAGGUCAUUGUGAUUACCGGUGCAGGGAAGGGAUUGGGUCGCCAUGCGUUCGCAAAAUCUUUUGCAAAGGCUGGAGCCAAGGCAAUCGUGAUCAGCGCUCGCAAAGAAGCGAUCCUUGAGGAAGUCAAGAAAGAUAUUCUUGCUAUCAACAAGGACAUUGAAGUCUUAGCGGUACCAGUUGAUGUCACAGACAAGAAAUCCGUUGACAAUCUCUGGGCGAAAGUCAAGGAAAACUAUGGUACCGCAGACGUCUUAAUCAACAAUGCUGGUAUUCUGAAUUCCGGGGGCGUUGGGGAGAUUUCUGCUGAUGAUUGGUGGAGUGAUUUCGAAACAAAUGUUCGAGGUACAUUCCUAGUCUCCCAGGGCUAUCUCAAACUCCUCGGAAAGGAGAAGAAGGGAAGCAUCAUCAACCUCUCUAGCGCCUUAGCGCUGGUCACUAUGCCAAACACAUCGAGUUACGGGUUAUCCAAGCUGGCCAUACUGCAACUCCAGAAAUUCAUUUCGACCGAAUACCCAAACGUAUUCGCCGUUGGAAUUCAUCCGGGUAUCCUGAUGACCGAUAUCGUCGCAGAAUCUUUGAAGCCCUUUGCUAAAGACACCUACGAACUUACUGGUGGCUUUGCUGUCUGGCUUUCAACUGAGCAAGCUUCUUUCCUUAAUGGAAGAUACGUUUCUGCGAACUGGAGUGUGGAUGAGUUGGUUGAGAGAAAGGAGGAGAUUGUUUCUGAGGGGAAGCUUUUGGUUGGCAUUAAGGGGGAGUUUGGGGAGCAGCAAUUUGCAUAA